GACAGGUUACACUGACUCAGCCCGGUGACGAUCUCUGGAGACCAUGACCAAGAAAAGAAUUGCUGUGAUUGGGGGAGGAGUGAGUGGGCUCACGUCUAUCAAGUGCUGCCUGGAAGAAGGCUUGGAGCCCGUCUGCUUUGAAGGGACUGAUGACAUCGGAGGACUGUGGAGGUUUCAGGAAGAACCUGAAGAAGGAAGGGCCAGUAUUUACAAGUCAGUGGUCAUCAACACUUCUAAGGAGAUGAUGUGCUUCAGUGACUAUCCCGUCCCAAAUCACUAUCCUAACUUCAUGCACAACUCCCAGGUCCUGGAGUAUUUCAGGAUGUAUGCCAAUGAAUUUGACCUUCUAAAGUACAUUCGAUUUAAGACCACCGUGUGCAGUGUGAAGAAGCAGCCUGAUUUCUCCACUUCAGGCCAAUGGGAGGUGGUCACGGAAUCUGAAGGGAAGAAGGAGGUGAAUGUCUUCGAUGGAGUUAUGGUUUGCACUGGCCAUCACACCAAUGCUCACUUACCCUUGGAAAGCUUCCCUGGAAUUGAGAAGUUCAAAGGACAGUACUUCCAUAGUCGAGAUUAUAAGAAUCCAGAGAGCUUCACUGGAAAGAGAGUCAUUAUAAUUGGCAUUGGGAAUUCUGGAAGCGAUCUGGCUGUGGAAGUUAGCCACACAGCCAAGCAGGUUUUCCUCAGCACCAGAAGAGGGGCUUGGAUCUUCAAUCGUGUCGGAGACUAUGGAUAUCCUUUUGAUGUGCUGUUGACUUCUCGAUUUAAAUAUUUUAUGAAGAAGAUUUGUGGUCAAUCAUUAGCAAAUAUAUUUUUGGAAAAAAAGAUGAACCAAAGGUUUGAUCAUGAAAUGUUUGGCCUGAAGCCUAAACACAGAGCUCUGAGUCAGCAACCAACCAUAAAUGAUGAUCUGCCAAACUGUAUAAUUUCUGGCUUGGUGAAGGUGAAAACAAAUGUGAAGGAAUUCACAGAAACAGCGGCCAUAUUUGAGGAUGGCUCCAGGGAGGAUGACAUUGAUGCUGUUAUCUUUGCUACAGGCUAUAGCUUUGCCUUUCCUUUUGUUGAAGAUUCUGUCAAAGUAGUCAAAAACAAGAUAUCUCUGUAUAAAAAGGUCUUCCCUCCUAACCUAGAAAAGCCAACUCUUGCAAUCAUAGGCUUGAUCCAGCCCUUGGGUGCCAUUAUGCCCAUUUCAGAGCUCCAAGGACGCUGGGUCACUCAAGUAUUUAAAGGGAUAAAGACAUUGCCCUCACAAAAUGAAAUGAUAAAAGAAAUAGCUAAGGUUCGAGAGGAUAUGGCCAAAAGGUAUGUGGACAGCCAACGCCAUACUAUUCAGGGAGACUAUAUAGAUACCAUGGAUGAGCUUGCUGAUCUGGUGGGCGUCAGGCCCAAUCUGCUGUCCCUGGCCUUCACUGACCCCAAAUUAGCAUUACAGUUAUUUUGGGGACCAUGUACUCCAAUCCAGUAUCGGCUACAGGGCCCUGGAAAGUGGCAUGGAGCUCGAAAAGCUAUCCUCACCACAGAAGAUCGUAUCAAGAAGCCGCUAAUGACAAGAGUAAUUGAUAGCAACAAUUCCACAACUUCAACAAUAACAAUGGCCAGGUUUAUGCUGGCUGUGGCUUUCUUUGCUAUAAUUAUGAUCUAUUUUUAG